CAUCUAAUUUUUUCUGCUCACAUUCUUAUUCAUGCGCCGUAUUGUUUAUAUUUUCUAGUUCGUCGUAACCAAUAUUUAAAUGCAACUUUCUUUUCAAUUUUUUUUGUUCAAUUUUGAGGUAUUUUAAGACUACCUAGCACGCACACAAAUUUUAAAUAAGAACUGAUUUAAAUAAUUAAUUUUUUAUCAAUGACAACUUUGUGUUCCCGUCCAAGUAGUUGUUUAAAAGGAGGCAAAACGGAAUGCAAUGCUGCUUCAUAUACGAACACACUCAGCCAAAAAUAUAGCGACGCUUUUUAUAAAUCGAGUGCGAAUUUUUCAGAUGGUAAAAAUUCGUCAUCAACGUGUUAUCGAAACACACAUGAACGCGAGCAUCGAUCUGUAAGUACUCCUCAACCUUACCCGAGUGAAAUUACAAAUCACUCUAAAAAUCCGGAAAACUUUAUCAAUCAGUGUUCAAAAACCAGCGCAGAUAACGCCGAGCACCAACGUAAGGCAUACACGGGCAGAUGUGAAACUUGUAAUAAAAAUAAUUCGUGUCACAAUAACUGUGGCUCUUCUGACGUGAACAAAAUGAGUUUACCCGACCAGCAGGCAAACAGCCUCCCCCCGUCGCCUGAUUUCUACGACGAACACUUCAACAAAUACACUAUGGACAGUACGCCUCCUUCAAGCAGCGGAAAAGUGUUCGAAAUGAACAACCAUCACUACGAUCAAAAUAGCCCAGACGAGAAAUUUGCCAGUCGAAAUUUAGAUCACCACGAACCGCAUCCGGUUUUCGAAUCGAAUUCAUGCCAAGAAACUUCUCGGAAAAUGCAUAAUAGCUCGACACAAUAUCGAAGCCGACCUCAAAUUAAUAACCAUUUGUCACGACUGCGACAGCAGAAUCAUGAAAAGCUUCAGCCAUCAAGUCCGGAGUUUGCACAGUACCUGAAAAAGAUCAAAUCCUUGUCAUCUGGAUCCUAUCCGACGUUCCAGAGGAGUUCCAGUGCCGUUAGAGUCCCCAGGCAGACCAUGAAUGGACCUAUGGACCCGGGUGACUUCCAUGGGAUGAGGAAUGGAUAUAUGGAUGGGGGAGAUUAUGGUCAUAUGGACUAUGGCCCUCAUUUCCAGAACAAAUCAAUGCAAAUGGAUGACUACUGUCAGAAACCCUACUCUAGACUGUCUGGUGGUGGUGGUCUGCUCUCCGACACUCCAUCGCCCGGUGGCGGUGGUGGCAGUGGACUGUUGAACGGGGCCUCUUCUGGACCUGUUGGUGGGUAUGAGUUGGACUACGAGACCAUCCAGAAGCAGAGGAGGGAGCUGCAGUUGUUGAUCACUGAGUUGAAAGACAGAGACAGGGAGUUGAAUGAGAUGGUGGCCAGUCACAGGAGACAGCUGGAGGCCUGGGAGAUGGACAGGCAGAGACUGCUCAGUCUAGAGGCCAGGUGCACCAAAUACGAAGGAGAGCUGAGUAGGAAGAAUGAGCAGAUUAAGCAGUUGGCCAAUCAGGUGAAGGUGUGCGAGUCGCAGGAGGAGGCGAAGCAGUGUGAGUUGGAGUCCAUCAAGAUACAGCUGCAGAACUCCGUAGACGAGUGCACCUCCAACGCCACCAGACUCCGUGAAUUAGAGGAUAAGAACAGCCAGCUGAACAGGAGUGUGCGUGAGAUGAGUGGCACCCUGGAGGAGUUGGAGGGGCGGGAGAGGGAGUUGGUGGGGGUGUUGAAUGAGAAGAGUGCCGAGAUAGAGAGCAUGAAUGCAGAACUGCUCAUGCUGAACGAGAAUAGCCAACAACAGGCCACCCAGAUCAAGGACCUGGAGAUCAGUGAGCAGAAUCUGAAGAAGGAAAACAAGGAGUGGAGGGAGAAGGCCAUGGAUUGUUCAGCCGACCUGUCCAGCCUCAAACCGGAACUGGACAAAUUGCUGGACAAGAACUCGGAGAGUGAGGCGAAGAUUCUAGAGUUGCAGUCACAAGUGGACCUCCUACAUAAAGAACUCUCACUCACAAAUGAGCGUGAGCGCCGUAAAGACCAGCUGAUAGACUUGCAGAGGUCGAAGCAGGAGAGGACGGAGGCGGAGUUGUCUUCUCUCAGACAGAUCACAGAGAGACAGCAGAAGGAGAUAGCAGUGCUGGAGAGGAGUCUCCAUUCCGCACAGGACUUGCUGGGGGAGAUAGAACUCAACUCGGGGGCAGGAGGGGGAGGAGGAGGCGGCGGGGACUCCAGAUCGGAGAGAGAAAUGUCUCAAGUAUACGGGGAAGAUGGGUUGUUAGAUUGUGGUGACCUAGUUAUAAAUCAUAACUCAAACUCAGUCUCUUCUUCUGCUUUGCCUCACAGCAGCUCCGCCUCUGGAUCCUUGAUGAGCAGCAGUGCUACCGGGACGCACCACCACCACCACCACGGCAGUAUUGCUCACUCUUUGCGAGGUUCCGGUGGCGCCACCACCAACAAGAAAAAUGUGACCUUUAACUCUUUUAGAAACAAAUCAGAAAACAGCGAUUAGUCCCAAAUCGACUUCUAGCUGACCUCUCACAUGACCUUUUACUCAAGGUUGAAAUAUGGUCAAAUUGAGGUCAUAAGUUUGUAUAUCAAUCCAUUUGUCGUUUGAAAUGCAAGUCGUUGAAAUCAUUAACUGUUGCAUAGAAUCCAUUACCUUCAUACAUUGCAUAAUUGCAUUUGACGAUAGUGGCAAAAAUUCAGCUCCCUAGAACUUCAAUUCCCUCCAUUAUUUUCGAACAGAAACAAAAUAGCGCGCCAUAAAUUAGAGUUAAAAUUUUACCCUAAAUUUGAAUUGUUCCCAUGUAACUUUUUCACUGCUGAAAUUCACAAUUUCGCGAACACAAUAGUAAUUCAUGCUUUUGCAAUUAUUUAUGCAGUAUUUUACCUGCAGUUAUUUCCCUAAUUUACUUAAAUUUCAGGUGCUCUGAACAAUCGGUUGAAUUUUAUUUCGAGUGAAAAAAAACAUUAAACUGUGAAUUUAUUAUCUUCCAUUCCAUCAUUGUACAUACUUUUGUUCAUACUUUUAUAGCGGCAAAAACAAUCCUGUUAAAUAUGUGUAAAUAAUCGCCUUGAAAAUUGCUUCUUUGUAAGUCUUCAAAUGAUUUUUCAUUCGUACAUAUCUUAUAUUAUUCCGCCCAUUCGUUUAUCGGUAUGUUAAAGUUAU